AUGACGAAGGGCUGGGGGGGUUUUAGUGGAAAACCCCUCACCUUCCGCCUUGCUCAGGUGCUCACCGGACAUGGUUGUUUCGGUGCGUACCUGUGUAAGGUCGCCAGGAGGGAGCCUACGCCAGCCUGCCACGACUGUGGCGCUGCGGAGGACACGGCCCAGCACACCCUCGAGGUGUGCGAUCGCUGGGCCGUGCAGCGCCACGAUCUUGUGGCAGUGCUAGGCGGGGACCUCUCGCUCCCGAGCAUGGUGCGCUGCAUGCUUGAGAGCGAUGAGGCCUGGCAGGCGGCGGUCUCUUUCUGCGAGUAUGUCAUCUCGCAGAAAGAGACCGCGGAGCGGAAUAGAGAGGAUGACAGGUCCUCUCUUCCGCUCCGCCGGCGUAGAACGGGAGUGCGGAGGCGUCGCUAUGCGAACCUCCAAUAACUCUCGUCCCACGGGGCUCCGGGUCAGGAUGGGUACCUGCCCGGCUUAGCUAGUCCCGGCGCCGAGGGGAACGCUUUAGUAUGCCUAAGUGUUCCCUUACUUUUGGUGAAAGUCCGGUCCCUUGAGGUAGACCGGCCGGUCGUGGAGGGAGUCCUGUGUUUGUAAGAUCCGGGAC